AUGUGCAGGAAAUCAAGCAUAGUUCCUGAUUCUAGUGUUACGUUUGAUAAGUCUAAAUACCUGUGUAGAAACGAUGUGUCAGUGACAGAUUUUGGCAUUGUUGUUUUACUUAAGUAUGCUAAAACUAAUCAAUUCGGGGACAACAACGUAGUCAUUCCGUUGUGUAAAAAUGACUCUUCUUCUUUAUGUCCAGUAAAAGCGUUUCAAAACAUGUGUAGGUUAGUUCCCUUGGCACCCUCAGAACCGUUGUUUGGUACAAUUUCCGUUGGGGAGGUGAUCCCGCUUGACGCGAGCUGCGUUGAUCGUAUGUUUCGACGUAUUAUGACGCAACUUCCGAUUGCUCACGCUCAUGAAUACACCAUGCACUCCUUCAGACGCGGAGGAGCUUCCUUCUAUUUUAAAUGCGGUGUGCCGGGGGAACUUAUUCAAUUGUUUGGUAACUGGAAAUCCGACUGUUACCUACGCUACCUUAGAUUUUCAUUUUCUAGCAUGACUGACGCGGCACGGCUUGUCGCUUUUGCUUCCUAACUUAGAUUCUGGUAUUUAAGUUCAGGUUUUGGCCGUUUUUUGGGAGGCUUUUUGGCUGCUUUUGACAAAACUUUAUAUCUAUGUUAAUUUCAUUUACA